AUCAUUUCUCGGUCGGCGCACCUCCUCUGGACGUAGCCGGCCCACGGAGGCGAUCGAUAUGGGGGCUUCUCAGGUGUGGGCGUCGGUGCCGGCCUGGCUCGUGAUCGUCGUCGGUUUGGCGGCCGUGGUUUCCUCGUCGGAGGCUCACGUCUUCUACGCCGGUGGCCACGACGGCUGGGUCCUCAGCCCCACCGAGAGCUACAACCACUGGGCCGGGCGCAACCGGUUCCAGGUGAACGACACCAUCGUGUUCACGCACGAGAAGGGCGUCGACGACUCGGUGCUGCUGGUGACGGAGCAGGACUUCGACACGUGCAACACGCGCAACCCGGUCCGGCGGCUCCAAGCCGCCGCCGUCGGCAGCAGCAGCGGCAGUUCGGUGCUCAGGCUCGACCGGUCCGGCCCGUUCUUCUUCAUCAGCAGCGACGAGGACCGGUGCCAGAAGGGCCAGAAGCUGUACAUAAUCGUGAUGGCGGUUCGCCGGCCGACGACGACGACUCCGGCACCGGCCGUAGCGCCGGCACCCGACUCGGCGUUCCCGCCGGCGCCGUCACCGGUGUGGGCCUCGGCGCCCGAGAACGCGCAUGCUCCACCGCCGACGGCGGGUGCGUCGCGUCUCGUCGACGGAGCGAUCAUCGGCUCUGUGGUUGGGGUUAUUGGGGCUUUGGUGCUCUGUGCCGUGUAGUAGUCAGAAACCAAGAGGGAGUUGCAUGCGCCUGUGUCGUUUUUGCCGGCUCUGAACAGUUGUGCGAGAGACUACGGUCAAAGUUAGUUACAGCUAUGCUUAGAUCCGGAAGCAGACAGAAUAAAAUAUAUUCCCUCUAGUCGUGAAAGGAUGACGACGUUUAGGACGGCCAAAUUACCCUGUAUAUUGUAUAGGCUAGUUAAGCCGUCUUAAUUAAACAUCAUGAUAUUUCACACAAAAAAAACAUCAUGAUAACACAUGACU